UACGAUGGAUCGAUUGACAUUAAUGCAUACAUUAAAUUUGUGACCGAAGGUACUGCAUAUGUCCGUGAUGGACAUGUACCUUGAAACCGACGAGUUCUGAAGCUAUCAAAAUAUCUGAAAUCAAAAGCUUACCAGUUCUAUUUGACCACUGUAGCAAACUCUCCAUUCGAUUGGAGAUUGAAAGAGUUCUUUGUUGAACUAUACAAUUAUUGCUUCCCAGCGACGUACCGUAUUGACCAACGCCGAAAGCUGGAGCAUGCAACACAGGGUAACAAGUCUGUUCGGGACUACCUUGCACAAAUUAAUAACCUAUUCAGUAUGGUCGGAAUUCUUGAUGAACGCGAGAAGGUCCACAAACUCUGGACUAGUCUGAAUGCAAAUAUUCAGAAAGGACUGUGGAAGGAGAAAUUGAAUCCGGAAUUGUCCACUUACAUUGAGGUGGCGAGCACAGCUGAGCUCAUUGAAAUCAUGGAGAAUAAUAUUACUGACAGCAGUGAAUCUGAACACUCUUCUGCACAGAGAUCUGAAAGUGAAUAUUCCUCAGAAGAGGAAGAUGAUUCUGAAAUUGAACAGGCCUCAGACAGUAAUUUCUAUUCAGAGAACCGCUCCGACGAGGACCAAUCCGAUAGCAAAAGCAAAGAC